CACGCGAGGACUCUCCCAUCACCCCCGUCGAAGAAGACGAGCCAGGUGUCACUGGUGAACGUGGAGCCUCUAAGGUGCACCAACUGGUGGAGAUGUACGACGGUAUCGCAAGGAAGAGCAGCAUCCUUCCUGAGCUGGUACCUCCACCACAGCGAAGCACAAGUCGAUCGCCGAUAGCCAUUCAGCUCUCGCAACCAGCUGACGUAAAUGCCACCGACCUCGAAAGCCGCGAAGGAGCUGUUGGCGAAGGGCAUUCCACGUCAUCUUUACCGAACCGAAUCGAUGCAAGGAUUGCCACUGGACAGGAUCAAACCGCAUUGAAUUGCGACUCUGUUGAAGCUCAUGUUAUGCCAAACGAACUCCAGGUGGAUAACCAAGUACCCAAAAAUCACGCGGACGAUCCCAUACAUGGAAACGACCAUUCGGAAAAUCUUUCGACCAAAGUCGCAGACUAUGAACCCUUCGAGGUCGACCUCAAGCAGGUUGAGUCACUAUUUGCAUUCUCUGCAAACAAUGUAACAGGCACGGAUGUUGAAAUACCUGACAAAGUCAUUGUUGACAGCUUUGAGAGUGUCUCUGAACGGAGAAUGUGGUAUCGUCUCUCGCGUUACGAGUCACUCAGAAGAUAUGAUACAGGAAAUGAUGACAACUACGCUCGUAUCACGUGGGUCUCAUCGACCGUACGGUCGGAUGUCUUGAAGACGGUCCGCCGCUGGAUGGAGGAAGACUCGAUAGGUCAAAGGCCUUUUCGAACGGGCGUGGCGAAAGGUAUAGGUGGUCAUGGCUUUGGAUGGGACAAGGCCGGUACACAGGUUGAUCUCGAGAACUUCUUCAGCCGAAGGCAUCUCAAGAACAAUGAUAUCCUGGCCACCGCUCAACGCUCAUCCAUGAUUGGACAGACACCUGGUCCAGCCAUUCCUGUUAACGAGUCACGACCCGUGAGUCUGCCACCGCCGGCUGUCAGUUCGAACAUCUGGCAUGAUCAGGCUGUCCUUGGCUGGACCACUGGCCGCGAUGAGUUGCAAGAUGGCACACGCGAAAUCUCACCGAUGAAUCGUGCAUCUUCAGAUGACCGUGGUUUCAGAGACCACGAGUCUUCUCCUAAUCAAAAGUCGAGCGAGCGUAAAGCAUCGCCUGUUCCGGAGGGCCUCACCAUACGAACGAACCUACCUCUGGCAGAUACACAGGAAGACGAGGACGACGAAUGGGGUGAGAUGGUGACAUUACCAGUCGGCAACUACCCCAAAGUUGCUGGCUCGGAGAUACAUGCUCAGGCUGCACCAGUCUCAAAGGUAGACGACUGGAGCUUUGACAAAUGGGUGGACAACGAAGCAACGAAUACCCAAGCAGUUACCCCCCAGACACCCAUUCUGCCAACAAUGAUGCAGCAGACCCCUCGCACAAUCGAAGAAGUUCUAGCUCCUGGAUCUUCAUCGAAGAGCGAAGACCUCAGCAACGAGCUGACUAUCGAGCACUUCGUCCGAAAUUUGCCAGAUUUGUCUUACAUGUUACGAUAACCACCAACCAGCAAACGAUAGGUUUAUCCCUAGUACGGUCGUGUAUAGCCUCAGGGCGCAUGAGAUAUCAACUGGAGAUAUGAUGCCGCCUGGAUACGGCAAAAUGUAUAUACCGAAUCGGACAAC